AUGAUUCUGAAACAAGCCACCUACACUAGACAAGUUUGGCUUACCAUCGAACGUCUCUUUCGCGACAAUAAAGAUUCGAGAGCAAUCCAACUUGACACCGAACUUCGAAAUCUCUCCAUGGGUGAUCUUAGUGUCACUGCCUACUUCAAAAAAAUCAAGUCUAUUGCCGACCUACUGGAGAAUCUUGACCCUCAAGCAAAGGUUCCUGAUAAAAAUCUUGUCAUUUAUGCCAUUAAUGGGUUAUCUUCCCGCUUUAAUAAUGUCGCUGGCAUCAUCCGUCAUCGUAUCCCAUUCCCAUCCUUUGAAGAUACCCACUCAAUUUUACUUUCUGAAGAACAACGGAUUCUCCUUCAUCGACCCCUUCAAUCCUCCGCUCAUAGUGAACACUCAUCUUCCCCAUCGCUGUUGCACACUACCACCGACAGCAACCGCCGUCAGGACCGUCGCCAAGACCGCCGGACCUCCCAAAACCGACGAUGCCAGCAAGGUUCUAACUCCAAUGGAACCUCACCUCCACCACAGCAGUAUAGUUGGGUAUACAUCCUGCCGCCAGUUUCUUCUCAAAUCCCUUGGACUCAAUAG